ACACCCCCUCCCAUGGCAUUUUAAGUGUUAUGCUUUUUCGCUCGGGUAUAUAUGACAUGUACGCCGUAUUGAAGGGACUGAAACUGUAUUCUAUUCACAAAUGACGAACAUAGUAAACUGGUUCAGUCAUUUAGCUGGAAGACUGAUGGGUCCCUCGUAGCCACCUCGAGCAGGGACAGGUGCGUCCGUAUUUUUGACGUACGAGUGCCGCAGCCAGUAGUGAAUUCCUGUUCAAGCCAUCCAAAUCCUAAAGACUCCCGCAUUGUCUGGCUGGGCAGUACUUACAGCAUCCUCACGACUGGCUUCAACAAUGAGAGCAUGCGUCAAAUAUACAUAAGGGACGUGAGAAACUUUACCUAUCCCACCUAUAGUUUAGAGCUAGAGGCGAGCCCUGGGGUUCUAAUACCGUUGUUUGACCCAGAUACCUCUAUGUUGUUUCUUGCUGGCAAGGGAGAUGUCACCGUUCGCUCCAUGGUGGUAGCCGAAACAGAUCCGUUCUUGAUCGAGGGCAUACACCACACAGGCAAUCAGUCGAUAAGUGUCUCCUUGGUUCCGAAACUCGCACUUGAUGUGAUGCGCGGUGAGGUCAAUCGCAUUUUACAAUUGACCUCAAAUAUGGUGAUCCCUAUCACCUAUCAAGUGCUGAGAAAGACGUAUCACCAAUUCCAUGCGGACAUUUUCCCCCCAACCCCAGGUUGUAUAGCGAACAACACAGCCGAAAAAUGGAUCCAAGGAAACGAUGCCCCUGUGCCAAAGAUCUCUUUGGAUCCUUCUAAACGCGCUGGAGGAAUGAAGAAAACAGAGGAGCAUCUCCUUCCCUGCCAAAUGCCGACUGCGUCGACUAGUGGAGUGCAGCCAACUAAGAGCAGCUUCACUAGCGACGAUAUUACACAGCCUGUUGAGGCUAGUGUUAACACAGCUAUUGAGGCUAACCUCAGCAAAAUUGUUGAGGCUAGUGUCAGUAGAGCCGUGGAAGUUAGCGUCAACAGGGCUAUGGAGGCUAGUUUCAAGGCGCUUGAGGCUAGCAUCAAUAGGACUGUUGAGGCUACUAUCAUCCGGACUGUCGAGGCUAAUGUCAACAGAGCUGUGGAGGCUAACGUCAACAGGGCUAUGGAGGCUAGUAUCAACAGAGCUGUUGAGGCUAGCGUCAAUAGGACUGUCGAGGCUAGUAUCAACAGGGCUGUGGAGGCUAACUUCAACAGGGCUAUGGAGGCUAGUAUCAACAGAGCUGUUGAGGCUAGCGUCAAUAGGACUGUCGAGGCUAGUAUCAACAGGGCUGUGGAGGCUAACUUCAACAGGGCUAUGGAGGCUAGUAUCAACAGAGCUGUUGAGGCUAGCGUCAAUAGGACUGUCGAGGCUAGUAUCAACAGGGCUGUGGAGGCUAACUUCAACAGGGCUAUGGAGGCUAGUAUCAACAGAGCUGUUGAGGCUAGCGUCAAUAGGACUGUUGAGGCUAGUAUCAGUCGGACUGUCGAGGCUAGUAUCAACAGAGCUGUGGAGGCUAACAUCAACAGGGCUGUUGCGGAAAACAUCAGCAGAACUGUUGAGGCUAGCGUCAACAGAGCUGUUGAGGCUAACUGGCAAAGGAUCAGGGAGAUCCAAGAAGGACCUGAUCGAGGGGCAGUACCACCACAGCCUGAUCACUCACGUAGGGAUCCGGAUGUGGAGGAGGAUCAGGUAGAUGACGAUUGGGGGCUUCCUAGAAGAGUUGUUGCGAGCAUCUUGCGAGCAGCAACGAUAAAACAACGUUGCAAGAGGGUGGUGAGGGGGAUAUGGACGCCGGCAGAACGCCUUAAAAGGUACGUCCGGUUGCCUAGGAAUGCACCCGAGGGCAGUGUGCGAGUGCAACCAGAGGAGCUGGAGCGGAUCAGAGGUCUUUUGGUCCAAUCCUUGGAGUUGCAACCACUAAGUCGGCGUAAUUGCCCCAGCACAUGGCGUUUGUCGGUUUCAACAUGGUGUGGGGAGACAUUUCAUGAUAUCCGAAAAAAGUAUAAGCAACGGGGGGAGUUCCCCAUCGACGAUGAGGAUAGUGAAGAAGAAAGGCAGGAAACUGAUGAAGCCAGCAGUGAGGAAGAACCCGUGGGGCGGAGGGAGGAUGAUGAAAAUUAGUUUCAUCAUUAUUUAUAAUUUAAAUAUAUCUUUUGUGUGGGAGUAAUGAGAAGAAGGGCGUGAGGGAGGCCGAGGGGGAGGAAGACACUUCGGAAGAGCAGGAGCAGGAGAUUGAACUGGAGAUGGAUCAGGAGCAGUAUGAGAUCGAGGGAGAACUUGGUGAGGAGGAGUUCGAGGAGGGCGAGGAGUUUGAUACUGGAGAGCAGAUUGUCAAGUUUGAGGCUCAAGAGAUUGAAGGGAAGUAUGCGCAGGAGUACCAGCAGGAGUACGAGGAGACCUCCAGGGAGGCUUCGGAGGCUGCUGACGUUAUUAUGAGCAUGGAGGACACUACUGAGAAUAUUGAGGGGGCUGAGAUGAUUACGGAUGAGAUCUCACCAAUGAGUAACUUGAAGAGUAUUAUUAUUAUUAGUAUUAUCAGUAUUAUUUCUUGUGAGAAAUUUCAUUUUCUUAAAAAAGUGAUUUUGAUUUUUUCCUUUAAAAGCACUCAUUAUGGAGAUAAUUCAAUGUUUAAUAAGAUAUGUUAAUUUGAAUUGUUCAUACUUCCAUACUGAAAUAAUAUAUGACUAAAUCUAA